AUGCUGUCGAACGGUGUCAUUUGUGAUGUGGUCCAGAAAGGAGGUGCCCGAUAUCCAACAGAGCCUUCGUAUUUCCACGGCAUGGAGAGAGCUUUCGGUCCCGUUGUCACAGCAUUCAGUGCCAUGCAAUACAAGAGCCUGGUGACCGGAAAGAGAGCCCGCGUUCUCAUCGGCGUCCUCUGGUCUUCGUUCAUCAUCGGCCUGACGCCGCUGAUUGGUUGGAACAAUAUGGGUCAGAACUGCAACGAGACACAGACCCCCUGCCUGGUGACCUGCCUCUUCGAGAACGUGGUGCCCAUGACCUACAUGGUCUACUUCAACUUCUUUGGCUGCGUCCUCCUGCCGCUCUUCAUCAUGCUCUGCAUCUACAUCAAGAUCUUCGUCGUCGCCUGCAAACAGCUGCGGCAGAUCGAGCUGGUGGGCAACUGCCGGAUGACGUUGCAGAAGGAGGUCAACGCCGCCAAGUCGCUGGCCAUCAUCGUGGGCCUGUUUGCCCUCUGCUGGCUGCCGCUGCACAUCCUCAACUGCCUGACUCUCUACCCGACGUUCAAGGAGAGCAAGCCCGGCUGGAGCAUGUAUUUAACCAUCAUCCCCCACACCAACUCGGUGGUCAACCCCAUGAUUUACGCCUACCGCAUCCGGGACUUCCGGUACACUUUCCGGAAGAUCCUGAUGCGCUACGUCUGUAAGGACGAGGAUUUUCCCAAGUACCCCAAAGGGAGCACCGCCGGCGGCAGCAGCCAUCACCUGGCGGUAAAUAACCUGAACACGUCGCGACCUACGUUUGAGGUCCGCGGGAAAGCCAGGAGGACUUUGAUCUGUCCCUUGUUCGGGGCAGGACACAGGGGACCCCCAUUCAGCGUGACGCUGCUGCCAGGAGAUUCACAAUAAGGUAGUCCUUGGCUUACGACCUACCAUUACGGUGGGAAAGGGGAGAGGGUCACCCCACGUGAUCGGCCUGCUUUGGCGACUUUUUUUUUGAGUAGUCAUUUAGCGGAACAAUUGUUCAUUAAGGGUGGUUUGGUCAAAAACGAGAAGUAGAUUUUUGGGUUUCGGUAGAAAUGUUGUAACCCCCGUCGUGUUGCGAGAGACGGCAACAAGUGGCCGUAAACGCGAGCCAACGGAGAAGCGCCUAAAAUGCGGUCACGUGACCACGUUGGGGAACCGGCCUUUGAAACGUCAGAAACUGGGUCUUCGAUAACCGUGGUGAGGUUUGUGGUAAUUUUGAACGGUGGUGGUCGUACGUCAAGGACUACCCACGCGAUACGAAGGCGUGUUGAACAAGAACGGCUCGGUUUUCUUUUGCGUACAAUAGUGUUUGUCGACCUCAGAAACGGGACGCUGUGUGCACUUCAAUUCCCAACAUUCCUUAGGUAGCUUUAAGGUGGUAGACCUCAAUCCAUGCUGGCUGGGGAAUUCUGGGAAUUGAAGUCCACCCAUCUUAAAGCAGGUGGCUGGGGAAUUCUGGGA